AGCGCAAGGGUGUGACUGUGUCUUGUCUUGCAAUUUUUCUCCUCCUCUUCGACACAGUUUCACGACUACACUUCAAUCUGUUCAAAGGUACAGGACUAUUGUGGAAAUACUAGAAGAGAAACAACAUCAUGAAGUUUCAACACUUUAUGUUCUUGGCACUUCUGGUGUUCUUGUCCAUCACAUAUGGAGAGAAUGCUGCUGUUGAAUUACCUUGGGGCUGUUCCAACUACAAUGGGGUCUGCAGACCCAUUUGUCAGGCAGCUGAACUGCCUUUCGGACCCUUCGGCUGUGCAAAAGGAUUUGUAUGCUGCGUUGCACAUGUGUACUAAGCCACAUGGGGUCACAUAGGCACACCUCUCCCCACUUCAGGGGAGGUAAUUCUUGUGACUCCAAUAUACCAACUGGCUCAGCCACACCUGGAAGCAUCAGCAAGACCCCCACCCCCUUCAUCUACUGAUAUAGAGAUGCUGAAUUGAUAUGUAGUACUGUGGGGAGAAAAUAAAUCAAAACUUCUUAAAUCAAA